CUGCUGCCUCUGUAUUCUUCUCGCUGUGCAAUUCACACACAAAAAACCAUGGCUUCCAACAAUGCCCAUCCUCCCACCGGCAACGGCCUCAUCGUCAGCUUCGGCGAGAUGCUCAUCGACUUUGUCCCCACCGUCUCCGGCGUUUCCCUCUCCGAGGCUCCCGGCUUCCUCAAAGCUCCCGGCGGGGCCCCCGCCAACGUCGCCAUCGCCGUCUCUAGACUCGGCGGCAAAGCAGCCUUCGUCGGCAAGCUCGGCGACGACGAGUUCGGCCACAUGCUAGCCGGAAUCUUGAAGGAAAACGACGUCAGGGCCGACGGCAUCAACUUCGACCAAGGCGCGCGCACUGCACUGGCCUUCGUAACACUACGCGCCGACGGCGAGCGUGAAUUCAUGUUCUACAGAAACCCCAGCGCUGACAUGCUUCUCACGCCCGAAGAUCUCAAUCUUGAACUCAUCAGAUCUGCAAAAGUGUUCCAUUAUGGAUCAAUAAGCUUGAUCGUGGAGCCAUGUAGGUCGGCACACCUGAAGGCAAUGGAAGUUGCGAAGGAAGCAGGGUGCCUUCUCUCUUAUGAUCCAAACCUGAGACUUCCCUUGUGGCCCUCACCCGAGGAAGCGCGUCAGCAAAUACUUAGUAUAUGGGACAAGGCUGAUGUGAUCAAGGUCAGUGAUGUGGAGCUUGAAUUCCUAACUGGAAGUGAUAAAAUUGAUGAUGCUUCUGCGCUCUCCCUGUGGCACCCCAAUUUGAAGUUACUCCUUGUCACUCUUGGUGAACAUGGUUCCAGAUACUAUACCAAGAAUUUCCAUGGAUCAGUGGAGGCUUUUCAUGUCAAUACAAUUGACACAACUGGCGCUGGUGAUUCCUUUGUUGGUGCUCUAUUAUGCAAAAUUGUGGAUGAUCAAUCCAUACUUGAGGAUGAAUCAAGGUUAAAGGAGGUACUCAAGUUUGCAAAUGCAUGUGGAGCAAUUACAACCACUAAAAAGGGAGCAAUUCCCGCUCUUCCCACAGAGGCUGAUGCCCUCAACCUGAUCAAAGGGGCAUAGAAAUUUAGUACUAGUUCUUUUGGUUUUCUUUUUUUAUAUAUUUUCAUCUUUUUCACUUUUCCGAUGGGGAGUUGCUUGCUAUCAAUUUAAGAUGGAUUUUAUAUCCUGGUUUUCUUAAAUUUGUUGUUUUCCUUUUUUUUCUCCUUAUUAACAGUCAUGUCAUAUGAUUUUGGCUUUCGCCAAAUGUUUACUUUCAAAUUUUGAG